UAUAAAGAUGUCAAAUCCUCAAGAAAUAAUUGAUAAUCAGUUUGGUAAACUAGUGGGUAUAUUAAAUAGUGGUGUAACAUCAUCUGUACUGAUCGGUGCUGAACCUUUCCAAUUCUGGUGGUUUAUAGAAAAGCUAUGGAAGGAUCUUCCGCUUAGUUGCGAGCAAGGAUCAGCGCUUGCAACCGCAUCUUGCAUUCCUCUCUGGGAGGUUAUACAUUUUUUUUCUGGAUUGUGCUGCUUAUUACCAAUCGAAAAAAAGGCUUAUGUUUUGAAUUUUCUAACGGCAUUGUUUUCAAAGUCCAAGGAUCGUCGCUGCACAUAUCAACAGCUCAGCUACAGAGGUAAUGACCUAUCACCAGUACCGCUUUCAGUUACACUUCCCAUGGGUUCCGAAAUGCUCUUACAUAUGAAAUCAGAGGAUGCAUUUUCGCAGAUAUUUUUAUCAAAAAAUACAGUUUCCCUAGAGCAUUGGGGGCAUUAUGAAAACGGAAAAAUUCUUUCGGAAAAAAUUAGAUCACUCAUCUCUGAUGUUCUACCUAAUUGUACCAUAUCUGUGAAUCAAGAUCACAGUAUGAAUAGCACUUUACCUCAACUUCAAGUUUGUGUAUCUAAAAAAAUUACAUUUCCUUGGAUUUCAUUUUGUGUAGGGAUAUGGAAAUACAUUAUUAUUUCUGAGGUUUUAAACAUUUCUGGUGGGAGGGAGCUUUCUAGUUUUUUAGUAAAUUCAACAUGGUCCGCAAAAACAGUCUUGAUAGAUGGAAAAAGUACUGCGUAUAAAUUACUAUUCACUAGUCUUGUGGAUUCAAGUAUGAUUUGUCUGUCUCUCAAUGGUCGCUCACCUUCUACAAACGCAGACAAUACUCCACUUGUGGACCCACGUAUUAUGGGCAACUUUCUUUUACACAAAAAAAAUUGUCUUUAAAGAACACUGAUAGAGUGAAAGCUCUCGCAAAAAAAAAUCAACCAAGAAGAUAUUGUCUAACUAAAUCAUUGGUUAAUGAAAAAUGCAAAAAACUAAAAAAAAAACUGUUUGUUGAUGUACCAAGUGAAGCCAAGAAAUUUGGGUCAAGCCCCUCAUGUCGUGAUUGCGACCGUUUAACAAUGUUAUGUCGUGACUGCAUUUUUACAUCUUUUCCAGUAUUAACUAAUAGAGCCCAUGAUAAUAAAAGGGCCCUUUAUGCGUCACUUUUUGAUCGUAAACGGAGCCUUGAUCCGCAAAUCUCAAGUGAAGGUCCAUCAUUUUUACCAAUAGGAACCUCACUUACUGAUUUAUGGGAAGAUACGACACCUAGUUAUAACGCAUUAGAGAGAUUAUCAAUUCUAUGGCAUGGAAAGUAAAUCUUUACUAUUUCUGUUAUCAUUUAAUAUUAUUGUUAUUAAUCUCAGAUUCAAUGCUAAAGUGAAAAAAACAUGGGAUGAAGUAUAAUA